GGUAGCAGUUUCCUCCUGGAGGUUUAGUGUUAGCUCGGAGCUGAUAGCAGUAUCACUGCGUGUCUCACUCUUCGGUCUUCAUCAUGAAUUAAGACGGAACCUCCUGUCACUCUAAACCUCUCGCAACUAUCUGGAAGUAGAAGUGUCAGCGAUGUAUGCCUCUGGCAAAUACAGCUCUCGGGGCCCUGCUCUUAUUCCACGGAUGAAGACCAAGCAUCGCAUCUACUACAUCACCCUCUUCUCCGUCGUGCUGCUUGGACUGAUUGCCACCGGGAUGUUUCAGUUUUGGCCUCACUCCAUUGAAUCCACAGCUGACUGGACCCUUGAUAAGCACACUGUGCACGACGCACCUCUGAUCCGCCUGCCUGCGGGCAGCCCUAUACCCGAGAGGGGCGACUUGAGCUGUCGCAUGCACACCUGUUUUGAUGUAUACAGAUGUGGCUACAAUCCAAAGAAUAAAAUUAAGGUCUACAUCUAUCCACUGCAGAGGUUUGUGGAUGAGUUGGGAGUCCCCAUCAGCAGCACGGGACUGUCUCGGGAAUACAACGACAUGCUCAGUGCCAUUUGUGACAGUGAAUUUUACACCGGCGAUGUCACAAGGGCGUGUUUAUUUAUCCCGUCUAUUGAUUUGCUAAAUCAGAAUUCCCUGCGGGUCAGAGAGACGGCUCAGGCUCUCGCAAUGCUUUCCAGGUGGGACAAAGGAAUGAAUCACCUGCUCUUCAACAUGUUACCCGGAGGCCCUCCAGAUUAUAACACCGCUCUGGAUGUACCCAGAGACAGAGCACUUCUGGCUGGUGGCGGUUUCUCUACUUGGACCUACAGACAGGGUUAUGAUGUCAGCAUACCGGUGUACAGCCCCCUCUCUGCAGACCUCGAGCUGCCCGAGAGGCAGCCAGGGCCUCGGCAGUACUUCAUUCUGUCUUCUCAAACUGCUAUUCACCGAGAGUACCGAGCUGAACUGGAGCGUCUGAAGCAGGAAAACGGAGAGGCACUGCUGCUCCUUGACAAGUGCAGCAACCUGUCCCAGGGUGCUGCGUCCGCACGGAAACGCUGCUAUAAGGGCCAGGUGUAUGACUACCCGCAGAUCCUGCAGGAGUCUUCUUUCUGUGUGGUCUUGCGAGGGGCUCGUUUGGGUCAGGCUGCCCUCAGCGAUGUGCUGCAGGCCGGGUGUGUCCCCGUCAUCCUGGCCGACUCCUACAUCCUGCCGUUCUCCGAAGUCCUGGACUGGAAGAGGGCAUCCGUGGUCAUUCCCGAGGAGAAACUAUCAGAUAUGUACACCAUCCUGAAGAGUAUUCCUCACAGACAAGUUGAAGAAAUGCAGAGACAGGCACGCUGGUUCUGGGAAGCUUACUUCAGCUCCAUGAAGGCGAUCGGCUUGACAACGUUGCAGAUCAUCAACGACCGCAUUUAUCCCUAUGCUGCGCGCACCUAUGAACAAUGGAACAACCCACCUGUGGUGAAAUGGGCCAGUGUGAACAGCCCCCUCUUUUUGCCACUCAUCCCACCGAGGGCUCCCGGGUUCACUGCGGUGGUCCUCACCUACGAUCGCAUCGAAAGUCUUUUCAGGGUCAUCACAGAAAUUUCCAAGGUGCCCAGCUUGGCGAAGUUGGUGGUGGUGUGGAACAAUCAGGACAAAAGUCCUCCUGAAGAAUCUCUUUGGCCAAAGAUGACUGUCCCGCUCAAAGUCGUUCGAACCAAAGAGAACAAACUGAGUAACCGUUUCUUCCCCUUUGACGAGAUCGAGACGGAGGCCGUGCUCGCCAUCGACGACGAUAUAAUCAUGCUGACCGCGGACGAACUGCAGUUCGGUUAUGAGGUUUGGAGGGAAUUCCCAGACAGGCUGGUGGGCUAUCCGGGCCGGCUGCACCUCUGGGACCAUGAACUGGGGAAGUGGAAGUAUGAGUCAGAAUGGACCAACGAGGUCUCCAUGGUUCUCACUGGAGUCGCCUUCUACCACAAGUACUUCAACUAUUUGUACACAUACAAGAUGCCCGGCGACAUCAAGAACUGGGUGGACGCUCACAUGAACUGUGAAGACAUCGCCAUGAACUUCCUGGUGGCCAACAUCACAGGCAAAGCCCCCAUAAAGGUGACCCCUAGGAAAAAGUUCAAGUGCCCUGAAUGUACCGCCAUCGACGGACUCUCGCUCGAUCAGACGCACAUGGUGGAGAGAUCUGAGUGCAUCAACAAAUUUGCGUCCGUUUUUGGGACGAUGCCUCUGAAGGUGGUGGAACACAGAGCAGACCCGGUGCUCUACAAGGACGACUUUCCAGAGAAGCUCAAGAGCUUCCCCAACAUCGGCAGUCUGUGAGCAGCCUCCAGGCAGACGUCUGGGUCUCAUCACGGUGUCCGUACAUCAGCACUUUUCAGCAGCAUUCUCCUUUCAAACGGAGGUUUCCCUGUUCAGACUGUCACCGAGCUUUCAGUUAAAGCAGGUUUCAAUUUUUUUUUCUUAUUUCAAUUCCUUAUUUAUGUUGGAAACACAUUCGGAGACACAUGCCUGGGGAUGGUGUUGGGAUUGGGUGUGGUGUUAGUUUAUUGGUCUUAAAGUACAAAUUAAGGCGAAACAACUGGAGAUCACCGAUUUGAUGAACAUGCUGAGUGAUCAGAGGCUUUUUUUUUUUGGUUCCUCGCUGUUCUUAAGCUGCAAACUCUGAGCUGAAUCUGGUCUAAAAUCAUCCAAACAGUGGACAAAAUCAUAUUUUUUCAGCAGCGCUGUACAAUAGUCACAGUCUAACAGAGUAAUCAUUUUAUUUUUGUCCUGAAACGCAGAAAAACGGACCUUACUGUUUCAGUUGUACUGUACGCAAAGGCAAAAAAACAUAUUAAAUACCAAACUUCCAUGAGGGAACGACUGGAGGACGUCUGUGCGGGCUUCACUCAGCGGCUGAUUACCGUGUGACGACACACAGAUGAUGUACAGUUAAUGUUUCACUCAGAUCGGCGCAUCAGACAAAGCUGGUACUAUAAAUCUAAUAUUUAGAGUGAGUAACUGCUGAUUUAAAGAAUAGAUGCUUGAGCUACUGGAACAGGUCGAGCUGUAGUGUUUUGUUUUUUUUUUUUGUUUUUUUUCUUAAGCUCCCUGUAGAAGCAUUUUAUGUAUAUAUUUAAAUAUAUAUAUAACUUAAAAACAAUACUGCUUAGUAAAGCGUCUAUGGAGUCACUACAUUAUUCAGAUGCUACAUAAACGUUGCAGAAAGUAUAUUGUACAGUCAUAAGAAUAAGAUGAUUCUGAAGUCCACAUUUUUAAAGAUGUGUAUACUUUUUGCUUUUUUUUUUUUUUGUUUUUUAAUUUUACUUUGUGUCUUUUUUUGUUGUUGUUUUGUUUUGUUUUUUUGUCCUUUUCAUUACCGCCUGUCCCCUCCUCAGUAUUCAGGGUGUGACGUUCAGAACAGUGCAAUCUUUAAAAUGUAUUCAUUGCCUUGUGGUGUUUUUAUUUGACUUUUUAAACUGUUUUCACAAACUCAGUCGAGCUGUUCUACAUGUUUUGAAAGACUUCGUAUGUCUGACUGUGUAUAUAUGCCUUUUGGAAUACAUAAGCAAAAAACACUG